CAUUGCCAGACACUCGGAUAUCGCUGCGAGAGAACAUACCAAAUCGACCGGACGGGGAACGCAGAGGUCAUGCGCCGCAUUUUCUGGACAAUAUACGUUUCUGACAAAAGCCUUUCCCUCCUUUUGGGGUGCGCAUCGUGCAUCCAAGACUUUGAGAUUGAUUCAAGCCCCCCUGUUCUCCCGACCAAUCCUGCGCUCCAGCCCUGGGACGAAUCCUUCAUCGCGGCUAUCAAGGUAGCGAGGAACUUGCUAUACUCAGCUGCCGCGUGGAAGGCGGACCACUCCGAACGCUCUCAACACAUCAAGACUCUCGCGGCUGCCGUGCGGCAAUUGCGGACCGAGCUCGAAAAGGUAAGUAAG